UCCACAGGAUGGGAUUUUCCGCACGGCGCCAAGCUGCAAAUGAGAUGUCGCGAACUGGGACUUUACAAACUAUUAGGCACUUCCGCACCACAAUGCCAAAACGGAGCCUGGAGUGCAAGACUACCGUCUUGUGUUCCAACCACGCUUCUCACAAACUUCACAGAGGAUGCGCCGCCGUCAAUUCUAAUAAGGAUACCUUCCGGAUCUGCAUCAGUAGAACCUGGAGGUGAGUUGGCAGCCUUUCCGGGCUCCACGAUUCAUCUGGAAUGCAUUUUCUCCCGAAGAAUCGGAUCUCCCGAUUGGACAUGGACGUCUCCAUUAGGUCAAUAUUUAACAGGUUGGGCUAUCGCGCCAGAAGAACGAGAUUGGAAAUACAGACUAUCAAUCUAUUACGCAAAGCCACAAGAUUCCGGAACUUUCACCUGCGCGACGCCGAGGGGAAUAACUAACAGCGUAACACUACAUGUAGCAGCCAUCCACUGCGAACCAAUCUCUGUCUCUGGCAUGCACCUAAGUGUUAGAGUUGAAGGGACUAGGCUGGGACACAUGGCCAUUUUCCAGUGUCCUAUAGGAUUUUAUGUCUCAGGUGAAGCCAACCUUACAUGCCAAGCUUCAGGUAAGUGGUCGUCACCAGUACCAAAAUGUGAACUGGUGAAAUGCCCUUCUCUGGACACCCCUGAAGGUCUUUCCGAACCUCACCUGCACCUGGAAGAGCACAACAACAGCUAUGGAGGGCGUGCCGUCUUCGGGUGUGCUUGGGGCUACAGGUUACAAGGUCCUCCAGGCAUUGAAUGUGAACUGAAUGGAAACUGGUCAGGGCCUUUACCCAAAUGUGUGCCUAUCCAGUGCCCACCGCCGGUAUUGCCAGUGAACGGACAUUUGAUCCAGUCCGAGGCUCCUGGCAUGGACGGAGGCAGAUACGCAGUUGGCAGCUUGGUGCAGUUCGCAUGCGAAGGAGCCUACAAGCUUGAAGGAGAGGCAAGCAUCAUAUGCACCGAGAUGGGCGUCUGGUCUCAUCCUCCUCCAUUCUGUAAGCCUCGGUGUUCUUACGUCGGCGAACCCAAAAACGGCUUUGUUUCACCGACAAAGUUCGCUUACGAUCCGGGAGACGAACUUGAGGUCAUUUGCAGCCCUGGGUUUGUGACCGAAAUUGAAGAAAGGAUAAGAUGUAUCCCAGACGGAAAAUGGUCGGCAGCACUUCCGGAAUGCUUGGACGCCAGUAUCAGUAAUAGUAGUAACAGUACAGAAGUAUGAAUCUGUAGUACCCGUUUUAUAUCAACAAUUUCUUCGCGAAUUUAUUCAGAUGGAUUUGUUCAAGGUCGUCCUGAUUGUGUUUUGCUGUGCUGACACCAGACAGUGCUGCCAACCUCACAACAAAUUUUUCCUAGAAACAUUUUGAGUUUUUAUAUGUAUUUGGUUUUGAUUUUGAGACGAAUCUCAUAAACAAAAACCAUACUAUUGAAAACUGUGGUUCUAUGUCAUCCUAUGCUUGAAUUGAAAAGUUUUUGAUAUUGGAAAGGAAAACAACUUGGCAAAAAUCAGAAUAAGUUCUAAUUGAGUGAAGAAAUCCAUGAAGAACUUUAUGGAUUUAUUUGACGUCAAAUUCCUCUGUUAUACUUUGGAAAUUUGACCUUUAACUUAAUUCAUAUGAAAAAUGUAAUCAAACUCUUACCUCAAAUGGUUUUUGUACAGGAUUGUGCAGGAAUUUCGAUGUAGAAAACUAAAAAAUAAUAAAUUAGUUCGUAUACCUAUUUAGCU